GUCGGAAGUAAUAAUAAUCAUAAUUUGAAGGAAAAAUGGAAAUCAAUGGAAUAUGAAUAUUCAGUUUGAAGACUUGUUCCUGAAAUCCUUUGGACCUGAACGCAAUCUCUCUGAUAUUUCGUUACCUUCUCGAAAUCGAUCUUCAAUCGUCUGAUUUUCUCUUUCUGUCUGGCGCGAAUAUAAGGAAUAAAUUGUUGCGGAGAGUUUUUUUUUGGGUCUCGGAGCGAUGGGUCAAGCUUUUCGUAAGCUAUUCGAUACUUUCUUCGGCAAUCAAGAAAUGAGGGUCGUUAUGCUGGGGCUGGAUGCUGCUGGCAAAACAACUAUUCUCUACAAACUUCACAUAGGAGAAGUUUUGUCAACUGUUCCCACGAUUGGAUUUAAUGUUGAGAAAGUUCAGUACAAGAAUGUGAUGUUCACAGUUUGGGAUGUUGGUGGCCAAGAGAAACUGAGACCUCUUUGGAGGCACUACUUCAAUAAUACUGAUGGACUUAUAUACGUGGUGGACUCUCUGGACCGAGAGAGGAUUGGGAAAGCAAAGCAAGAAUUUCAGGAGAUCAUAAAAGACCCAUUCAUGCUCAACAGUAUCAUUCUGGUUUUUGCAAACAAACAAGACAUGAGAGGGGCCAUGUCACCGAGAGAAGUAUGUGAAGGGUUAGGCUUAUUUGAUCUCAAGAACAGGAAAUGGCACAUACAAGGAACUUGUGCCCUCCGUGGAGACGGGCUUUAUGAGGGCUUAGACUGGUUAUCAUCUACGCUUAAAGAUGUCAAAGCCGCUGGAUUCACGUCCGUUGGACCCUCGUUUUGACUCUUUCAGGUAUUAAAACAGUAAUCACGAAAUCAGAAUACUUUUGUUAAGGAAAGAAUUAUCUUCUUCUCAUGGUGGCUCUAUUAUAGAUUCAAUUAGGCUACGUUUUGAUUUUGUAUCAUGCUGCCAUGAGAGCUUCAUUGUAUAUUCUGUUGAAGAAAUAUUGUACCCAUGUGAAAACCUUCCAUUUUGUGUCAUCAUUGUCCGCUUUGAUAUCAUCAUUUUAUUUCUAUAACAAAAGAAAUUUUUUCUUAUA